AUGUUCAUUACGCGAGCAUUUUCCGCUCUGCUUGUGGCCUCUUUGCCAUUGAGCUCACUAGCUUUGGACACUGGUCGGCCUGAGAUUCCUGCAGACCUGCUAGAACGCUCAUUGGCAGCCAUUGGUAUCAAAUCUGACACUGUUGUGAGGAAUGUUAGAAUCAGUGGCAAUCAUUUCAGGACCAAGUCCAUCAUGGUGACUAUUUCUCUCGAUAGCAUGGACCAAUCUGUGGUCACACGCGGAAGUCAGACCCUCACAUUUUCCUACGAGGAGCCUGGUUUGAAGCAACGCAUUGAUAAGCUUGCCACAUUUGGAACUGUGUGGUUCUUUGCCCGGCCGACACUUCAGCCCAUGGACUAUUCCUUGGUCGUGAGAGACGGAGACGAGGGGUUUGCAGCGGUCACAAGGGGUAGCUAUGCUAUUUUCGACCCAGAUGCUCCACCCGAGGGCUACUUAGAUGGAUACCUUGCAGCGUACAUUAUAUCUAACAGUCGCAAAUAUGACCCUUUUUUGCUGAGAACUAUAUCUCAAAACAACCACUAUAGCCUCCGUCAUGAAGAAGUGGAAGAGGGUUUAAUGCUUCCCGCAGUUUUCGAUCACACUUUCAACAUGUCCGUUCUUAUCAAUCCUACCACUUACCUACCCUUUGCCAUUCGAACAUGGGAAGACCAUCCUUUCUUUGGCCCUUCGACCAAAGACCUGCGAGUAAGCGACUAUACCUCCGUCGACGGACUCAUGAUUCCCCGGCGCUUCAAAACCAAGUACAACAACAAGCGUCUGAUUAACGACUUCCUCGCAAACGAAGUAUCCAUCGACGUAAAUCUCGGGCCAACCUUCUUUAAUGUCAACGGAGAGCGCAAGGAAACACAUAUUCCUGUUGUUGACCCUUCACAGACUGCUCUAAUUGGCGAGCAGUAUGACAACUACCUAUGGUUCGGCAGAUUCAACUCCACCGUUGAUGAUUUUGACGUGCAACAGCCAUUCCCAGACAUGCCAGGGGUGUGGAUAUUACGACUCCCAGGUGUCGCAUCUUACCGGCAAAUUGUACUUGAGACGGAGACACACGCUAUUGUUCUGGAUGCCCCACCUGAGCCAGCUUCAAUCCUGAGGGAGUGGAUUCGUAUCCACCUUGGAAAGCCCGUGGGACAGGUGUUUCCUACACAUCAUCACCACGAUCACGCUUUUGGGGCCAGGCACUUUGUGGAGCACGGAGCUUCCAUCAUCGCUCCCAAAAUGGCAACAUCCUACUACGCUGGCAUCCCGGGGGUUACAUUCAAUACAUACGAUCACGAUACGCCCUAUGUCAUCGAGACGGACACAUACAGGGCUAGCUUCAUCCACGUCGAGGGUAGUGUGCAUGCCACGGACAUGAGUGUCGCUGUCAUCAUGCCUCCCUGCCCCAAUGCGAACAGUACCGUCGUGGUGUUCGACGCUGACCAUGUUACCCAAUCCCAGUGGGCGGGAACCCAUAAUGAUCACAAUGAGAUUGCUCAAUUGAUUGCUUCCAUGUCAAAGCACCGUGUCGCCAAGUCUGCAACUUUUGUUUCUGUCCACGGUCAAAUGUCAACCAUGGACGCAAUUUACGAAAGCUAUGGGUACUUGUAUCCCGAGUACACCGCUCUUGAUUUUACUCAUGGAAGCGGCAAGUGCGCCAAUACAAGCUCAACACAAGCGUCAUCCUCGUACAGCAGCCUGUUGAGGUGGGAGGCCAUGUUGUCAGAGGAGCUAUGA